CGAUCAGUCAAGUCAUCCAGUGUAUUUGAUAGUUUUGCCGCUUUGAGACCGCGGAUUGGUGAAAAAGGAAGUUGCAUUGCUGGUACACGAAACAGGAGUUUUGUACCGGUGUUAAGUGAACUUGUGACUUAGAAGGCAAAAAACAAAGCAUGACUUCGUCGCCCGGGACAGACGCAGAACAACGACGGUGGUUGGUGGUUGGUAUUGGUCUCAACAGAGUCCUCAUGCCGUAUCUCCGAAAUAAGAUUCAACAGGAAAUGAAACCAUUUUACCAGCAUCUGUUGGCAAAUUAUGGAUUAGACAAGCAAACCUUUUCGACUCACCUGAGGACCAUUCCACCGAGCACCUUGAAGCUGAACUACGAAAGUAUCAACAAUAACGCCGCCCUGGGUCGAGACGCACGUCGCUUUGACUAUUGUGUAAAGGAUGAAGUUUCAUUGGCUAAGUUGUUCAUGAAACCUUUCAUGGCACAUUUCAAUGCAUUUGAUUCCUCUUUUGGUGCCUCAGCGGCUCUGGCUGUUCUUUGCUGUGCUCCGCUAUUCAGCGCUGCAGCGCUGUCAGCUGAACUUGUGAGAUCUGAAGUACGAAAUGAGUGGGCCCAUUGCGACUAUGCGUCAUGGACGGAAGUGAAAUACGAUACAUGUUUUGAUCAAAUGAAGACCUUGGUUGAAGACCUGGGAUUUGCCCCAGCAGAAAACACAGAGCUCCUGGCUGAGCUGCAGUUGUGGAGGAAGAAUGGAUUAGACCUCUGUAUUGGUAAGCCACUCGAUGACACUUUCCUUAAAGUCAUACGCGAUGAAGUUGUAGCGGUCGCUGGAACAUUGCCCGAUUGGCUGGAGAAAACGAACGACAAUAUAAACCAGUUACGUGCAAUGCUCGAGUCUGAGUUUGGCAAAGUUCUGGCGAUAUUAAGUGAAGCCAUUAAAGGCAAGGAUGAAGAACAACUAAUGGAUAAAGAGUUGGAAGACAGGCCUAACAAGACGUUGGAAUUCAAAACGCUAGCGCCGCCGAACAUUUGGGAAACUCUGCUUUCAAGGCAAUUCAGUGUUUCCACGGCAGAUUAUAAAUCUGUAAUAUUUGAUGCGCCAGAUCCAAACAAGUGGUUUACAGGAAGACAAAAAGAGCUAGAAUCGCUUGAAACAUGCCUCGCUUUAGAAAACAGCCACCAGAAAUUUAGAAUGGCGGCCAUUUGUGGCCUUGGCGGAUCUGGAAAAACGACCUUAGCUACUCAAUUCGCUUGGAAGCAUAAAUCAGAAUACGAGGGAGGCGUAUUUUGGUUCUCCAUGGAAGAUGGAAAGAAGUUUGACAGUUGUGUAAAUGAUCUAGCGUUAAGUCUGGGAAUGAUGCAAAACUCGUUUGAUUUGACGCUGACUCAGAUUCUUACGUUCAUAUCAAAGCGUAAAAAGCGGUGGCUUAUGGUUCUUGACAACGUCGACCAAGCACCCCUUUCCGAUAACAUGCAAAGGGUUUUGUUAGGAAGAUGGAAGCGGUCAUCAAACGGCCACCUUUUAAUUACAACCCGACGUGAAAGGAGAGAAAUUUGUAAAUGUUUCUGUCUUGAGCCACAUCGCUGUGUAGAUGUCUUCUCUUUUUCUAUCGAUGAAGCAAAAGAGUUUCUUCGAAGUCGUUUUGACGAUGAAAACGCUGCAGACCAGGAUGAUACGCUGAAUGAGCUGGUUGUUGAGCUUGGUUGUCUUCCCCUCGCUUUAGAACAGGCUGGUGCACAUAUCAGAUCCCUUCAGUGUCCUGUAAAUAAAUAUCUGGAGCAAUACAAACUUGAACGCUUACAGCUAUUGAGCGAGCAUCAGGCUCAUCCCUCUUGGGAAUACGAGUCCCGAAGUCGUCUUUCAGUUCACACUACAUGGCUACUCAACUUCGAUUACGUGAAGAAGUCAAGAUAUGGAGAAAUUGCAACCAGGUUUGUCCAUGCAGCUGCUUUCCUGGAUCCAGAUGAAAUACAUGAAAGACUUAUUAAUGCUGAACUGCUUUCUCCAGACGCAGCAAAUGAUGAGAAAAAGGAACUCCCUCUUGUCAAUAACUAUGUAGUGGAGGUCUUGACUAAGUUUUCUCUUUUUCAGAGGAAGUCAGUUGGAUGUAUGAGGUUACAUCGGGUGGUGCAGCAAGUUAUUCGUAGUACUAUGGCAUCACAAGAAAUCGCGACGGCGAUGUGCACAACAUUUCAGUUGCUUAAGAAUGCCGCUUCAUCGGCUCGUGAACCAGCAACAGAUAUGUCUGUUUUCUCCAUUAUCCGUCACUGGUUGACACUGAAGCGACAUAUGGAGCAACAACUUCGAGCUACACCGAAGGAUAUACAGACUGAUCAAUUACGGAGAUUGGUAGACACAGGUAUUGAAGAAAUAGUGUUCGCAGUCAGUCAUACCCUGGAAGGGUCAAAGCAAACUUUGGAAAAUCGUCGGAGAUUGUCAGCUUUGCUCGAUGGUGAAUUCGACAUGUGGCUAGGUGGACGAGAAGAGGUGGUGCGUAGAGACGUAAAGAGCCAUGAAGAAUCCCCUGGAAAAGGAUUACUUCCUGAGAAAUUUGCGCUUAGUGGUUUAAAUUUUCGACUCAAGGAUCGCAACUUGUGA